AUGGCCGGGAAGCAACAGCAGCCCCCUUAUCUGCAUCUGGCGGAGCUGACGGCAUCCCAGUUCCUGGACAUCUGGAAACAUUAUGACGCUGACGGAAAUGGUUACAUUGAAGGGAAAGAGCUAGAAAACUUCUUCCAGGAGCUGGAGAGUGCUAGGAAGGGAGCAGGAGUGGAAUCCAAGAAUGUCAACUUUGCAGAAAAGAUGAAGGAAUUCAUGAAAAAAUAUGAUAAGAAUGCAGAUGGCAGAAUUGAACUGUCCGAGCUGGCACAGAUCUUGCCCACGGAGGAGAAUUUCCUGCUGUGUUUCCGACAGCACGUUGGCUCCAGUGCUGAAUUUAUGGAGGCCUGGCGGAAAUAUGAUACGGACCGCAGUGGCUACAUAGAAGCCAAUGAGCUCCAGGGGUUCCUGUCAGAUUUGCUAGAGAAAGCGAACAAGCCUUAUGAGGAACCAAAGCUACAAGAAUACACACAGACUAUACUGCGAAUGUUUGACUUGAAUGGGGAUGGGAAGCUCUGCCUGUCGGAAAUGUCACGGAUGGAAAUGGCUUCAUUGAUGAGAAUGAACUGGACGCCCUACUGAAAGAUCUCUAUGAGAAAAAUAAGAAGGAGAUGACCAUCCAACAGCUCACCAGCUACAGAAAAAGCAUCAUGAAUCUCUCUGAUGGGGGAAAGCUGUACCGCAAGGAACUGGAA